CUGAGGUUGCAAUGCGAUCCUGGGGUCUGUAGGGGUGCAUUUGCCACCCUCUGUCCCUCCUAGGAUGCUGGCAGGGAAGAAGCAAGUCAGACAGGAAGGCCUGGGGGCUGAUAGCACCACAGGAAGGAAUGCCACAGCACAGGGGAAAAGCGAUGGAGGCUUCAGGAGCGUCUGCCCAGUCUCAAGACAGCAGUGGAGUCCACAGGGAAAUGGACACUGUAGACUACCAAGAGACAGAGUUCCACAAGCAAGAUGGGAAGGCCCAGGAACGGUAUGAGAGAGACAAGUCUUCUUCCUCUUCAUCUUCCUCUUCCUCCUCCUCAUCUUCGUCAUCAUCAUCUUCCUCUUCCUCCUCAGACAGCAGCGAUGAGGACCAGCACUCCAGAGGUCCCAGAAAACACCGGAGGAGGCCCCGCAGGGACAGCUCUUCUGGUGCUGACCAUGGGGAGCUGGAGGUGCUGAAGGAUGAGCAUCAGCUCUAUGAAGGCGCUCCUGGGGAAAUGGUGCUUGCUGGGGAGUCAGGACUCCGAAGGAGAGGUUCCGGCUCAGCAGGGGGUGAAGUGGAGGCCUCUCAGCUAAGAAAACUGAACAUAAAGAAAGAUGAUGAAUUUUUCCAUUUUGUCCUCCUCUGCUUUGCCAUUGGAGCCUUGCUGGUGUGUUACCACUACUAUGCAGACUGGUUCAUGUCCCUUGGGGUUGGCCUGCUCACCUUUGCCUCCCUGGAGACGAUCGGCAUCUACUUCGGGCUGGUGUACCGGAUCCACAGCGUACUUCAGGGCUUCAUCCCACUCCUUCAGAAGUUCCGGCUGCCAGGCCAUGCCAGAGAGCUCACUAUUCCUGCAGAGACAUCUUGGGACACAGUCUACUGCUAUGAAAGCUGUGGCUCCAUCACCCAGUGA